CACAAAGGCACUCACAAGGUUACAGCCCGGGCUUUUCUGUGUUCGAAAGCCAAGCCGGAGAUGUUCCGUCAUUCCACCACACCCUCGUCGGUGCCUUCGUACGGCGACGCCUUCAUGGCAGCCAGCUUCUCCUCCGUUCCGACGCAGAUCCCGCGCUCAGCCGCCGGGGGAUACGGUGGAUACCUUGACGGCGGCAAUGCUAGUAGCGCAUUCCCUCCCUUCGCCGGCGCCUCGUCUCCGCCAUCCUACUCAUCGCUCCCAUCAUCAUACUACAACAAUAUCCACAGGAGCAUCAGCUCGCACUCGCUCCCGCUCCAGCUCCACCAGCUCUGCGACGCCCUGAACGGCGGUGGCGGUGGUGCAUUCUUCUCGUCAUCGUCACUAUCGCCACACCAGCUGUCGUCGCUCCCUCCGCUCUCCUCUUCUCCGUCCUCCUCCUGCGGCGACCUGUACGAGUUCACCUCGGCAUGCCCCGUUCGCCGCGUCUUCAGCACGGGUGAUCUCCAGGGGAUGAAUGGAUCAUCGCCGGUGCAGUCAGGCGACAGCUGCGGCCAAGACGCCGGGGGCGGGCCGUUCUCACAGAAGGUGGGGCGAUACAGCGCGGAGGAGAGGAAAGAGAGGGUCGAAAGAUACCGCUUGAAGCGCCACCAGAGGAAUUUCACCAAGAAGAUCACCUACGCGUGCAGGAAGUCGCUGGCGGACAGCCGGCCGAGGGUGAAGGGUCGGUUCGCGAGGAACGGCGAGACGGAGGCGGAGAACUACGACGAGCGGGAGACGUCGGACAACAGCUACGACUACUGCGGGUACAGCGAACCCAGCAACCAGAGCACCGGGAACAGCUGCUACCACGUCAAGGAUACGGCGCUGGUAGGCGGCGGCGACAAUGGCGAUUGGUGGUGGCCGGCACCGGGAGCGACCACCGUGGAGGCGGAGGGGCAGCGGCAGGUCGGCUUCGACGUCGUCGACGAGGAGAUUUGGGCGACCCUCGGAGACAUGCUGUCCGUGAACCUGGCGUCGUAGGCGCCACUGGUCAGCGUGAUGGGCGACAUGAUGGGUCGAGGCGUGAGUGGCCGGUAGGGUCCGGCGCACACUAGUAGCUGGCUCGAUCAGGGGUGGCGGCCGCCGUGUGCGCGGCACAGUGCAGCGAUCGGUCGAGGAUGGAGGUCAGAGUGGCGCCCCGUUGACCUUGUCCCCCUAGGUUUGUAUUAUUGUAACUUUUUAGCCAGAAACACAUCAUGAGAGUUGG